CGCGUCCCUGUUACUCAGCGGAGCGGCCGAGGCCGGACGACGCGGCCGGGAACGCAGAGCCGCGAGCAGCCCUGGGUAACGGCCGUGGCGAGCGCCUGGACGGCGCCAGUCCCGCCGGCGGGCUUUCCUGUCGCCGUUCGCUGCGUUGCGGGAUUUUCCUGCUGUGGGUUAACCUAGGAGGUCAGAUGCUCUAAGUGAACAUGUUUAGUGCUGUGCCUGACAAAAGCAAGCAAAAAAUCAAAAUGGGACCUCCUUGAGGACAGGCCUGUCUUGCAUCUGUGUCUCCAGCACCUAGCCUGGAAUAUACUUCUCGGUGAAUAUUUGGAUGAAGCCAUUAAAUUAAUUGUUUGCCAUCAUGAGCAGAAGCAAGCGUGACAGCAAUUUUUAUAGUGUAGAGAUUGGAGAUUCUACAUUUACAGUUUUGAAACGAUAUCAGAAUUUAAAACCUAUAGGCUCAGGAGCUCAAGGAAUAGUAUGUGCAGCUUAUGAUGCCAUUCUUGAAAGAAAUGUUGCAAUCAAGAAGCUGAGCCGGCCGUUUCAGAAUCAGACUCAUGCUAAACGGGCUUACAGAGAGCUAGUUCUAAUGAAAUGUGUUAAUCACAAAAAUAUAAUUGGCCUUUUGAAUGUUUUCACACCACAGAAAUCCCUAGAAGAAUUUCAAGAUGUUUACAUAGUCAUGGAGCUCAUGGAUGCAAAUCUUUGCCAAGUGAUUCAGAUGGAACUAGAUCAUGAAAGAAUGUCCUACCUUCUCUAUCAGAUGCUGUGUGGAAUCAAGCACCUUCACUCUGCUGGAAUUAUUCAUCGGGACUUAAAGCCCAGUAAUAUAGUGGUAAAAUCAGACUGCACUUUGAAGAUUCUUGACUUUGGACUGGCCAGGACUGCAGGAACUAGUUUUAUGAUGACGCCUUACGUAGUGACUCGCUACUACAGAGCACCUGAGGUCAUCCUAGGGAUGGGCUACAAAGAAAACGUUGACAUUUGGUCAGUUGGGUGCAUCAUGGGAGAAAUGAUCAAAGGUGGUGUUUUGUUCCCAGGUACAGAUCAUAUUGAUCAGUGGAAUAAAGUUAUCGAACAGCUUGGAACACCAUGCCCUGAAUUCAUGAAGAAACUACAACCAACAGUAAGGACUUAUGUUGAAAACAGACCUAAAUAUGCUGGAUAUAGCUUUGAGAAACUCUUCCCCGAUGUACUUUUCCCAGCUGACUCGGAACACAACAAACUUAAAGCCAGUCAGGCAAGGGACUUGUUAUCCAAAAUGCUGGUAAUUGAUGCAUCUAAAAGGAUCUCUGUAGAUGAAGCCCUCCAGCAUCCAUAUAUCAAUGUCUGGUAUGAUCCUUCUGAAGCAGAAGCUCCACCACCCAAGAUACCUGACAAGCAAUUAGAUGAAAGGGAACAUACAAUAGAAGAGUGGAAAGAGUUGAUAUACAAAGAAGUUAUGGACUUGGAGGAGAGAACCAAGAAUGGAGUUAUACGGGGGCAGCCCUCUCCUUUAGGUGCAGCAGUGAUCAAUGGCUCUCAGCAUCCAUCGUCAUCAUCGUCUGUCAAUGAUGUGUCUUCAAUGUCAACAGAUCCGACUUUGGCCUCAGAUACAGAUAGCAGUCUGGAAGCAUCAGCUGGACCUCUGGGCUGUUGUAGAUGACUACUUGGGCCUUGGCAGGGGGGUGGGGGGAUGGGGAGUCGUUUAGUCAUUGAUAGAACUACUUUGAAAACAAUUCAGUGGUCUUAUUUUUGAGUGAUUUUUCAAAAAUGUAGAAUUCAUUUUGUAGUAAAGUAGUUUAUUUUUUUUAAUUUCAAGUGAUGUAAUUUAAAACUUAAGUUGUGUUUUAAAACAGCAACAAAACUAUUGUAUUUUUGCUGUAAUUAACUGUAUAAUGUAAACCUAAUUAUUUUAUCAUGGUUUAAAAUUUUUGCAUAUUUGCUUUAUCUUAUGCUGCUGAUUUUUUUUUUACUGAAUUUGUAAGAUUUUGUUUAUCAAAGCAACUAUUAUGUGGUGACUUGCCUAUAUCAUGAAUUAUUUAAGAUUUUUAUAGGUUUUUUUUAUUAGAAUUUUAUUUCAAAUGUUUUGUUCAUGAUGCUAUCCUUCAGGGUUAUGUGCUUAUCAAUGAAAUAACCCCAGAGGAGUGAGGGAAAAUAACCUGUAGCCAGUUGUAUUCAGGAAUAACUACUGUAAAUGAUGAACGUGUUAAAAAACCUCCAAUAUUUGCUACUUGCCAAUCUUAAUUUAAUUUCAACAAUUGGUAGGUAAUCCUACAUACUACAUUGUUUUUUGGCAAAAGCCCCAUCAUCUAAAUGACAGAAUAACUCAGAGCAUGUCUUUGAAGAUGCUGGGCGUCUACCACCACCCUCCUAUUCCCCGCCCCCCCCCCCCCCAACAGAAGCCAAGUAAAAAGAAUAUGGUAUUUUCUGCAAAUUUGUGGCAUGCUCAAAGAUUAUGAUCACAUAAAGUCAAGAGGAUACUUCAUGAAUAAUACAUUUCAAUGCAAAUAAACAGAUGGUUCACUUCUACUAGCUAUGAGCCUGUUUUUGUAUACACUGAGUUAAUCUACUCAGGCUGUAGGUCCCAGCUGUGGUCUAGAGUCUGGUCUUUCCCUUUCCUGCAGCCUCAGGCCCUUGGACCUGGGACCUUUCUGGUUUCCUAGCAUGAUAUCAGUCAGUUGAGCACCAGUUCUCAAGGCGUUUCUGGCCAUUUGAUUCUACCUGUAGCAUAAUCCUAUUUAUACUAGCUGUCAGGAGGUUCCGAAGCCUACUUCAAUUUCUGUAGGUGAUGUAUCAAAUGAGCAAUAUACCGUUCAUCUGAAAAUAGUAGCACACAGCCAUAUAUAGGAUAUCAUUUUCUAAGGACUGUUUCUUCACAUUGAGCAGAGCAGGCAUAAGUGGUGGUUAUUCAGUCUGAGUCUUUGUUUUUUUUAUACCUGAUUUUCAAUAAAACAUGCAAUGUGGAUGUUGAGUAGGGUAAGAAUGGUGCUGCUCCUGACAAGUGUAUGUUAACUGUUUACAUUUUCUAUCUGCGGAAUUAUUUCUCCACAACUGAAUUUUUCGUAAGUAAAUGUCAUUGAAGUCUCA